AUGGGAAAUAAGAAAUACGUGUACAUCCAACUGUCGAUGAAUAACAUCGUGCUAGGAAAGGUAUACAUAGAACUGUUCAAUGAUCCAGAGGUGAAAAAUUCCGUAGAAAAUUUCCUCUGCCUCUGUAGGGGUAACAAGUACCACAGCAUAUACUCAGGGGAGACCUUAACGUACAAAAAUUGCAUAAUCGAAAAAGUAAAAAAAAAUAAAUGCAUAAAAAGUGGGUACUUAAUAAAAAAAGUGAUUUAUGAUGAGAAGGGGAAUGCACGACCAUCGCUAGCAAGCAGAACUGAACAAUCGGAUAGUUAUCAAAAGUAUGAAAAUGUUGAAUGCAUCUUCGGUCGUAGUUAUAACAAAGAGUAUUCCAAGAGGAGACACUUCAAUGCAGGGCUUCUUACCAUGGUACAAAUUGAACAUAAGAAAUAUUCUUCCAUUUUUAAAAUUACUCUUAAUAAGGUUAGUAAAUAUAACGAUAAAAAUAUUGUAAUCGGACGAGUUGUUAAGAACAUGCAUAUUCUUAGAGCUAUAGAACUUAUACCAGUUACAAACAAUUAUGAACCCAAAAUAUGCAUCUACAUUUCCGAUUGCGCACAAGUUCAUGAAUCUGUUUUCAAACGAGAACGUCUUUCAUCUAGACAAAAAUAUAUAGACGACCUCUUCGCAACCGUGGGAGGGAAAAGUGCUAGUGCAGAUCCAGAUGCAGAUUCAGAUGCAGAUUUAGAUGCAGAUCCAGAUCCAGAUGCUCAAAGUGACGGCAGCAUUAUGGGUGAUCCUACUGACCAUGAUGAAAGUGAACAAGGAGAUGAGAAAAAACAAAUGCACAAGAAAAAAAAAACCGCCCGUAUGGAAAUUUUCAACAAAGAUGAAAAAAAAAAUAAAAUUAAAAAAAAUAAAAAUACAGAAAAAAAAAAAGGGAUAGAACUAUUGAAUCGUAUCUUAUCAGACAUAGAUUCACUUGGUACAGCAGAAUCAACAGUGCCCAUAGAAGACAUGGCUAAUACUGAAGUAAGCUCCACCAAACAAAAAAGACACUAUUGUAAAAAGGAUCCUUACCAGGAGGAAAAGAAGAAAGAAAUAAUCCACCCUCAACAAUUAGAAUCCUCCUAUGAAGAAAAUAUUUCUCGUAAAAUGACAGACAGAGAAAAAAGGAUGCUUGAAAUUGAACUCAAAAUUAACCAAUCUAAAGGGCUAAACGAAAUAGAAGUAAAGAAUGAACAGCUAAUGAAAAAUUCGCUUAUCUCUUCUCGUGGAACAUCCUCUGCAAGCAGAUUCGAUGAGUACAUAAAUUAUCAGUAUGAGAAGAAUAAUAAAAUUGCAAAUACAUCUGCGAGGAGAGUAGAGGAGCAGAUUCAGUCAAGUGAAUAUCAUCCAACAUAUGCAAACACAAGUGGCGUACAGAAUGAUGAUGAUCCCCCAAGUAGUGAUGAAGGAAAUAAAGACAUCUCAAGUAUCUACACAACAAGUGCUAUUCAUGCAAAAGGUGAAUUAAAAAAAAAAUAUAAAAACAACAAAAAUGACGUAAGCGAAGUUGAUCGGGAUGUCAAAUUUUUUAAAAAAAUGAAAUUCAAUCUUUCUAUAAAUAGAAAAAUUUAUGAAGAAAAAAAAAAAAUAUUUGGAGAAAAUUUUUACGGUCAAAAUUUAUUGAUUAAUGAUAAUUCGAAAUGUACAGAAAAUGACAAAAAUAAAGUUAUUAAAUUUUGCAAAAAGCAAGAAAUGGCCAGAAGUAAACUCAGUCGAAAAAGAAACCAUGAAGGCGAAGUAUUCAAAAAUUACAUUAACAGAAGAAACAAAAUGUAUAACAAAAAGCUCGAUCGUUACUUUAACAAGCACACGGUGGAAAUUCGCCAAAACUUGGAGAGAAACGCUUAG